GGCCGGGGACGGUCACUGUGUUCUCAGUUAUUUCCGUUAUUUGGGGCUGCUUGAUUGUGCCUGCGCUUGGCACCGCCCUUCCUGGCCGGUGGGUGGUUUCGUGAAACGGGCAGAUCCGCCACGGCCCAGCGCCGAACAUAUAGGCCGUCCUCCGCCUCUGUACCCGGCCGGCCUUCCACCGUGAACUACACCCUCUCCCUCUUAGUAUAUUAAUGCGUUAUGAGUGACUCGAAGAAGGAAUCAUCUGGAUCAGAAGGAGGGAAAGCAUCUAAAAAGGGGAAGAGCUCUGGAUCACAGGAUUCCUCUCAGCCCUCUCCGUUGGCUCUGCUAGCGGCCACCUGCAGUAAGAUCGGAGGGCAGGGGGGAGUGGAAGGGGCCCAGGCCCAGCAGAUCCAGGUCCAGGCUGGGCAGAUCCAGCUGCAGGCCGGUCAGCUCCAGGGUCAGAUAGUGGUGGACACAGCUGGGGGCCAGGCCCUGGUACCCCAGCAGCUGGAACUGGUCCCAGCUCAGUUCACGGGGAACGGUUGGCAGAUCAUUACAGCAGGGCCUACUAUGGCCAAGGAGAACACCAAUCAGCCUGUUGCUGUGACGGUGGCCACCACCUUGGCUAAUGACAGCUCACCUGGCGGACGCAAGGUGAAAGCAAUUGGUGGGAUCAACAGCAGUGCAGCUAAUCAGCAUCAGCAGCAUCAGCAUCAGCAUCAGCAGCAUCAGCAGCAGCAGCAGUUCCAAAUAAUCCAGGUUCAGAACCUGCCCAAUGCUGGGGGCGGGGUCCAGUAUCAGGUCAUCCCUCACCUGCAGACUGCAGAUGGACAGCAGAUCCAUAUCAGCCCAGCUCAGACAGCCUCCAUUGGGGCUCUACAGGAGCAUGUUCAGCUCAUCCAGACCCAGAGUCCAGGCCAGACCCAGGCCAUUCUCCAGCCAGCCAACCAACAGACCAUCCUGACAAGUACAGCCAAUCAGACGGUUCCGUUACAGAUCCGCCCUGCCCAGUCUUUCCCACUGCAGCUGCAGACUCUACAGAGCUCCCAGACUCCUGUUAUGACCACGGUACCCAUAAACCUCGGUGGCAUGACCCUGGCUUUGCCUGUGAUCAAUAAUGUUGGAGGGGGCGGGGCCGUGCAGCUUAUCCAAUCCGCAGAUGGCACGUUCUCUGUUGCCAAUGGCAACCAGCUGGUAACAACAGCAGUGUCCGGGGCGGCUCCUGCUGCAGUAUCAACUGGAUCGACAAUGGCAGUAGCCGAAGGUGACAGCGUAUCUGAUGGGACACAAGUGGUUUCUGCUGGAUCUGAGAGUGGAACAGCUGACACCCAAAUACAGACCAGUGAGGCAGACUCACAAAGCCAGAACCAGGCCAAUGGGCUGCAGAACCAGACAGAUACAGCAGGAACAAUUCAGCAGGUGAUCGUGGGCCAGGUGGGGCACCAGUUGGUGCAGCAGAUCCAGCUGCAGCCACAGUCUCAGAGUCAGGGUCAUGCUCAGGGCCAGCAGCAACCUCAGCACAUUCAGACCCUCCAGCUUGCCCCAGGACAAACCCUGCAGCCCAUCCAGGCCUUCCAAAACCCAGCCCAGGUCCUUAUUCGCACCCCGACUCUGUCUCCUUCUGGGCAGAUCACCUGGCAGACACUGCAGCUGCCCGGUGGAGUCUCCCUGCAGGGCGGCCUGGGGACAGCCAUGCCACAGCAGUUGACACUGGCCCCUAUGGCCGGUGGGACAACAGUGGGGAGUGGAGGGCUGGUCUCCUUAAGUGGAGCUCCCCUAACGCUGAGUGCAGCUCAGAUCAACCCGGGGUCUGGGGUACAGACGGUCAGCAUUGCAGGGCUGGGCAGCACCGGGGUUCAGGUGCAGGGUGUGCCCCUCACCAUUACUGGUCUACAGGGUCAACCACAGGGUCAGGAUGGGGUCAAAGCUCCUGUGACGGUCACUGUGGGCAACGUGGCAUCGGGUUCAGCAAUGAGCCCAGACCAGCUGGGAUCCGUUCAGAGUUCUUCAGACCUGGAGGGACAGCCCAGCAAGAGGCUUCGUCGUGUCGCCUGCUCUUGUCCGAACUGCAGGGAUGGAGAAGGAAGGAACAGCGGGGACCCCACAAAGAAAAAGCAGCACAUCUGCCACAUGGAAGGCUGCGGGAAGGUGUAUGGCAAGACGUCGCACCUGCGGGCCCACCUGCGCUGGCACACCGGGGAGAGGCCGUUUGUGUGUAACUGGAUCUUUUGCGGCAAGAGGUUCACCCGGAGCGACGAGCUGCAGAGACACCGGAGAACACACACAGGAGAGAAGCGUUUCGAGUGUCCUGAAUGCUCCAAGCGCUUCAUGCGCAGCGACCACCUCUCCAAGCACAUCAAGACCCACCAGAACAAGAAGGGCGGAGCAGCGGUGGCAAUCAUCACCACUGAAGACAUGGAGGAAGAUGCCGCCGAAGGCCUGGGCGCUUCUCCUCAAAUUGUUGCUGUGGCAACCCUCUCACGUGACUCUGACCCUGCCACGCCCACCACCUCUAAUCACCUGGAGGAAGAGGAGGAGUUUGAAUAGGCAACGGCUUCCUGUUUUUUUGGAGGUCUUUGCAGGGACUGUAUGGGUGGCUGCUUAUUAUUUUCUUUUUAAUAUUCCAUAAUUUUAAAAAUGUUGUUCUCUCAUGAAAAGGGACUCAAGAGUCGAGAUCAUGCAAUGAACAGAAACCUAAAAAUAUAAACAUCACAAUCUAAAAAGAACUAACACAUAUAAUAACUAAAAUGUAGUCUAAGCGUGUGAAAGAUUAGUUUGGCAUUUAUAAAUGAAUCUAUAAUAAUUCCAUGCGCAGUGGGGAAAGGAAUGUAAGUAGUUUCUAGAUUAGCACAAGACAGGGGGACCUGCUGAAUCUCAAACCAUCCAAUAUCGAGAGACAUUUUUCUAAUCGCAACAGAAUCAAUCUAUCUCUAUGCACAACGUUGUGUUCCUGUUUCAUACCUGUCCGACAGAGCUGAGGGUCAAUCAUGGUACAGGACUGUUGCAGAGCAGUGAUAGAGCAGAGGUAAUGUUGGGAUGGUGUGUGUGUGUUUGUGUAUAGAGACAGAAUGCAAUUAAGUCCUACUCAACCCGAAGGGGAAAACAAUUCAUCGCUCUCUGCUGACUUUGUAUUGAGUGAAGGUGCCUCCUUGUCACCAAUGGCUAAAAGCUGCUGUGUGGUGGGAUGCACAAACAGCAGGGUAAAGAGCCCAUAGCUAAGUUUUUAUAAGCUACCUAACCGAAAAACUGAACCCUUAAGAAGACAAAAGCGGAUAAUGUUACAGGGCUGUGUGCCGUGCAGUGGUAGAGACAGACCUGACCUAAGCUGCACAGACAGCCUGCAGCUCAAAAACUUCACACAUAUACCUGGACAGGCUGCUAGUCACAGAGAACACACAUGAUAUUAAAAACAGAACAGCUGUUUAAUUGAAAGAUAUGCAGUGUUUGUAAUAGACAUUUAAACCACAGAAUAGCUAACCUGCAUUCAGCUGACGUGCUAGCUGGAUAAAGAGCCCACAUGGGAAAUGAUUGCAUGUCUGUGCAUCAAAUUUCUCUGGUUUGUUUAAAAACUGUAGUGGCCAUAUCAGCUGUGAGAAGUGUCAUGCCAGCCUGUUAUAUGAUGGAGUUUGUUAUACAGUUGUGCUCUCUACUGUGGAUGUGAUGUCAGCCCUUGCAUUUAGGUAUAACAUUAUAGCAUAUACAAAGUAAUGGGUUUCAGUAUAUGCUAUAAACUACUGUUUCCUCUCUGGUAGACAUAGGGUGCUAAAGUAAUGCUUUGACAUGCUGAAAUCUAAUGUUUUUAGCUAGCUACAGGCACUUAAGUUAACAUUUCACCCCUUAGUUGCAUACUAUGGCACUGUUUGUUUUUCCCUCCGGUGGGCAUAGUUUUAAGAUUAUAACGCAUUGCGCUCUGUCUCUAUGCAAAUAUGUGAACUGUUUGAGUGAGUGUACAUUUAUAUUCCCAUGCUGUCGUGAAGAGGAUCUACUUAAUUUGAGUUUUAUUCAUGGUUCAGGUUUAGUCUUCGGAUCAGAUUCAGGUGUUGAUCCUUUUGUGACCAGUCAACGGAUAAACUGUUAUUGAAGAAGAGAGGGGAUAAUUCUUUAGAAAAAAAAAAAAGAAAAAAAAAACAGAGAGAGGAGUAGACAAAAAGCACAUAUAAAAAGAUUUAUAAAUAAUGCAUUCCUAUUGAGGCGCAGUGGCCACUAGAAAAAAAAAAGACGGUUUCUAUAGAGAAAAACAAUCUAGCUUUCUACAACUUUGUUCGUGUGGUGAAAGCAAUACUAUAAUGACAAUCCUAGUGAAACCAUGUUUACAUUGUCAGGGGAAGUUUUCGGUUAAUAAAAACAAGCCAGUUCGCUCCAAGAUUGGGGGGAAAACAUCUGAAAGCAGUGCUGUUGUCUGAACAAACCCUUAACUUUGCAAAAACCUCAGAGUGAUUUCAACACAGCUGCAGUUUGUUUGUUAAUUCCCUGCAGUCUAUUGGAUGCGAGUUUGUUAUUUGAGUUUGUUUGAUUUCCAUCAGAUGGUAUCUGGUAGGUAUAACGAUGGUUUGGUCAGAUAGCAGCACGGUCACCGAUGUUUGCUUUUUGAUUUCUGUGCUCUGGUGAUGAACCCUCUCCACCCCGCCUCUAACCUGCUAUGUGACCCGAUGUACCACAAUUGCCUUAACACAAGCUGUUGUACAGAGGGAACUACAGAGGGAGGUGGGUGGAGACAGAGGGCAGCUCUCUUGUAAUAUUAGGGGGUGAAUAGAGAGCAGACCACAGCAUAGAGAGGUAAAGUGGGUUAAAGAGACAGGGUGGUAAAAGCUGUGGGUGGGAGUGGGUCGGGCUAUUUAGCUGUGUGGAUAUGAGAUGUUUUCUGGUGGUGUUGCUCUGUGUUAGUUCAGUGCGUACAUUAUUUUAAAAUUUAAAAAUAUUUUUAUUUUAUAGAAAAAAAAGUCCCCUCCCAGUAUGUUAACACACAGGAACCCCACUGUGUAAAGCUAAUUUAUUUUCCUUGAUUUGUAAUAUUUGCCUUUUGCUGGACUUGUAUUUGUGUGCGUUGAUUCUGAGGUUGUGUACAGCAUGUUUCAGUUCUUUGCCGUAGUGCUGCUUCUCUCUUCUUUACUCUGUGCUUCUGUUUUCUUUUUCUACGUCUGGCCAUUGCUGUUCAAUUUCUUUUUCUUCUUCUCUUUGCGCCAUAAUGUGUUCUUUUUUUUGGAGAUAAUAAAUAAAACAAGAAGCAAGCAAAAAAAAAGUUAAAAUUGUUUAAAGUUGAAAAAGGUUGAUACCAAACAAAUUUAGAUGUUUUUGGUAAUAUUUUGUGUGACAGCCAACUUUUUUUUCUUUGAUAUUUUGUAGUGACAUCUCAUUUGUAAAUCUUUUUCUAAAAGAUGUUUGUUUGUCUCCAUGACAUUUGAUAAUGGGUUUUUGCCAGGUUAGCCUCAAAGGCUCCAGUUUAUUGAUAUUUUUAAAACUGGUUUGUACAAACGUGUUAUGUCAAUAAAAAAAAAAAUUUAAAAAAAGGCCAACUUCAAGAAGAAAAGAUGCUUUGCCUGCAUAACACUUGAGAAUAAAGUGAUUUAAA